UGUUAAUUUCUCAUAAUUUUAAGGGGCCAAAUUGGGAUUUCUUAGAGAGAGAGAGAAUUCGAAAAACCAGACCUCUCUCUCAAAUGAGAAAAACCCUUCCCAUAAUUUAUCUGAUGAAGAAAGGGGAAAAUUUUCUAAAAAAUUAAUACUCUCUAAAUCCCUAAACCCUUAUCGCGAUCAAUUAAACCCUUCGGCGAAUAUAUGCAGUGGCAACUUCACCGACACAAGGGCGAUUAGUACGAGCAAAAUUCUAUGCGAUUUCGCAAUCUUCUGUCGCAUCCGUAGAAAUUUGGUGUUGUAAAUAUGGACAUUGAGCAACAGCAAGCUGAGCACAUUGACUACUUCUUGAAGAAGGCGUCGACUCUCAAGGACUCGGCGCUGUCGAACGUCGUCGUAGAGGCAACUUCGCAUCCUUCCCUCUUUGCUUUCUCCGAGAUUCUCGCCGUCCCUAACGUCAUAGAGCUAGAAGGGACUGAGAAUAGUGCCUUCCUUGACGUGCUUCGCAUGUUUGCGUAUGGUACAUGGAGUGAAUAUAAGAUUGCUGCUAGUCGUCUUCCACAAUUGGUUCCUGAUCAAGUCCUCAAAUUGAAGCAGUUGACUGUACUUACUCUGGCCGAGACUAACAAGGUAUUGCCAUAUGAUUCAUUGAUGCAGGAGUUGGACGUUAGCAAUGUUCGUGAGUUGGAAGACUUUCUCAUUAACGACUGCAUGUAUGUGGGCAUAGUCAGAGGAAAACUGGAUCAAUUGAAAAGAUGCUUUGAGGUGCAAUUUGCAGCAGGCAGGGAUCUUAGACCUGGGCAAUUGGGUGGGAUGAUCCAAACAUUAUCAAACUGGCUGUGUACGUCAGAAAAUCUUCUGGUCUCAAUUCAAGAGAAGAUAAAAUGGGGAGAUGCUAUGAGUGAGAUAGACAAGAAGCACGAAAAGGAAGUAGAAGAGCGGGUAGAGGAAGUAAAGAAAACACUAUCUAUCAAGGCCGACAUUGACUUCCGAGGGCAUGAGGAGAUCUUUUCUGAACAUGGUGGAGUGAUAAUGGACUUUGAGGAAGAUCGUAGCCGCCCAAAGAGGAGACGACACCCCAUAGGUUGAGGAGGUUGCAUGCCAGUUUUUGGAUUGAUGGCAUUUUGACAAACGACAUUCCUGCUAUUUAAAAUGGGCCAAAUAUGGACUCCAAAAUUUACAGUGUUGGGUCCAAUUGCAGAUCUAGUUUUGUCAUGCGGCUCAAAACAAUUAUACUGCUUAUUGUACUCGACCAUAUCAAACACCUUCUUUUUGCUAUUGAAAUAAAUAGCUGCUGCUCUCAUCAAUGGAUUUAAGAUGUUCGUCUCUCUA